GAGAAAAUCUAGCAGCCAAUACGAAUUUUAGAACCAAUGGCAACUAACAGUACCUUUCAUGUCGAUCGCAAAUAAAAUGACCUCUCAGAUUCUCUGAAAUGGCGAUCAUUAUAUUUCAGACACUAUUCUCUUGCUGCUUUGCCAGAAAUCUCUACUCGAAACCCUAACUUCGGGUUCAACAAUGGUCUCUUCUCUUUCCCUGCGACCUGCCUUUGCCUCUCCUCGGCUUGAUCUCUCCGAUCGUGGCUCCUUGCCUAAGAAUUGUUUGACUGGUCUGGGGUUUAAGAAGGAACCGAAUUUUUUGGAGAGGAAGCAACUUUUGUUAGCGACGAAGUUCAAGUUGAAUUGUAUGAAAGAAAGAGAUAUGGAUGUGAGCACUUCAGCUUUGGUUGAUGGAGUAGCAGAUUGCUUAAGUGAAUUGGAUGUCAAUGAACCUAGCAUCUCAACAUUAUUGAUGAAUUUUGAAAGUAAGUUUGAUCCCUAUGAGGCAAUGAGUCUACCCCUUUACCAAACAGCAACAUUUAAACAGCCUUCAGCUUUAGAAAAUGGGCCAUAUGAUUAUACUAGAAGUGGAAAUCCUACACGGACUGCUCUGGAAAGUCUCAUGGCAAAGCUUGAAAAGGCAGAUCGAGCCUUGUGCUUCACUAGUGGAAUGGCUGCUUUGGCUGCUGUUACUCGUCUUAUUGGAACCGGUGAGGAAAUUGUAGCUGGAGAUGAUCUUUAUGGUGGUUCCGAUAGACUGUUAUCACAAGUAGCUCCAAAAGCAGGAAUUGUGGUGAAACGAGUGAAUAUGAGUGAUCUAGACGAGGUUGCAUCUGCAAUUGGUCCUUGGACAAAGCUUGUGUGGCUGGAGAGUCCAACCAACCCUAGACAACAAAUUUCUGAUAUUCUUAAAAUUGCAGAACUGGCUCAUGCUCAUGAUGCUCUUCUCUUGGUGGAUAACAGUAUUAUGUCUCCGGUCUUGUCGCAGCCAUUAGAGCUUGGAGCAGAUAUUGUGAUGCAUUCAGCUACUAAAUUUAUAUCUGGCCAUAGUGAUCUUAUGGCAGGUGUCCUUGCAGUAAAAGGGGAAAGCUUGGCAAAAGACUUGUAUUUCCUACAAAAUGCAGAAGGUUCUGGAUUAGCUCCAUUUGACUGUUGGCUCUGUUUCCGAGGCAUCAAGACCAUGGCCUUGCGUGUCGAAAAGCAACAGCAAAAUGCGCAGAAGAUUGCCGAGUUCCUUUCUUCCCAUCCACGAGUCAAGAAAGUUAACUAUGCUGGUCUUCCUGGACAUCCUGGGCAUUCUUUGCACUAUUCUCAGGCAAAAGGUGCAGGCUCAGUGCUUAGCUUUUUGACUGGAUCACUGGAACUUUCGAAGCACGUAGUUGAAACUACCAAGUAUUUUAGCAUUACCGUCAGUUUCGGGAGUGUGAAGUCUCUGAUAAGCAUGCCUUGCUUCAUGUCACACGCAAGCAUACCAGCUGCAGUGAGGGAGGCCAGAGGGUUGACAGAAGAUCUUGUUCGUAUAUCUGUGGGUAUUGAAGAUGUAAAUGACUUAAUUGCUGAUCUAGACUAUGCCCUAAAAACUGGCCCUGCCCCUCUCUAGGCUUUUAUUAAGACAAUCCACAACUUUUAGCAUUUUCAAAACAUCAUUCUAUAUAUUUAUUUAGUAGCGCUCUGGCACUUUUUAUGAAAAAAGAAUUGGCUCCCUGGCUUUGUCCAUUUCAUAAACCGUAGGAGUCUUUUUCUACAACAAAAAUUACAUACAAACAAAAAUUAUUACC